AUGAUCUAACGCCCUACUUUUUUGCCGAUUAAAUCACCCAUCUAAUCCAGAAGUUCCACCGAAUCCAGAAAUUCCACACCACCUAAUCUGACCGUCACUUAAUCUGAUUCAAACAUGCCCGUUUUCAAAACCCCCUUCAAUGGCUACUCUGUUAAAUUCAGCCCUUUCUACGAACAUCGUUUAGCAGUUGCUACUUCCCAAAACUUCGGCAUCCUUGGCAAUGGCCGACUACACAUCCUCGAUCUUUCCCCAACUCCAUCUCCUUCUCCCAUCUCUGAACUCACCUUCUUCGACACAGCCGAUGGAAUUUACGAUAUUUCUUGGUCUGAAUCUCACGAUAAUCUCAUUGUUGCCGCCAUUGCUGAUGGUUCUCUUAAACUCUAUGAUCUCUCUUUACCUCCUCCUCAAAACCCAUCUCGUUCUUUAUCUGAACAUACUCGCGAAGUUCACUCCGUUGAUUGGAACCCAACUCGUAGAGACUCCUUUAUCUCUGGUUCUUGGGAUGAUACCAUCAAGCUUUGGACGAUUGAUCGGCCCACAAGUGUAAGAACCUUUAAGGAGCACGCUUAUUGCGUUUACUCCACCGCAUGGAAUCCCCGUCACGCCGAUGUUUUCGCUUCGGCUUCUGGGGAUUGCACGGUCCGUGUUUGGGAUGUGCGUGAACCCGGGUCGACUAUGAUUAUUCCUGGGCAUGAGCAUGAAAUAUUAUCUUGUGAUUGGAACAAGUAUGAUGAGUGUUUGCUUGUUACCGGCUCGGUUGAUAAAACGGUUCGAGUUUGGGAUGUGAGGAGUUAUCGGACUCCGAUUGCCGUUCUUGCUGGACAUGGAUAUGCCGUGCGGAAGGUUAAAUGUUCACCGCAUAAUAGGAAUAUGGUUAUGAGUUGCUCUUAUGAUAUGACUGUUUGUAUGUGGGAUUUUAUGGUGGAAGAUGCUUUGAUUGGUAAGUAUGAUCAUCAUAGUGAAUUUGCAGUUGGGAUUGAUAUGAGUGUUCUUGUUGAGGGAUUAUUGGCAAGUACUGGUUGGGAUGAAAUGGUUUAUGUUUGGCAACAUGGGACUGAUCCUAGAGCUAGUUAGCAAAAUUUUCUACCUUCAAUUUCUGGGUUUGAGGUAUGUUGUAAUUUAGAUGUUUGAGUUAUUGAAUUCAUUAUAAUAGAAUGUUGAUAUAUCCAAUAAACGUAUCCUGCACUACCUUUAAUGUAAUUGGUAUAAGCUGAGUAUGGUCUCACCCCUCCUACAUUUGGUUGUCAUGAUAUGCGAGUAAUGUACUUUUUGGUUGUUUGGGAAAUGACAGCUUAAUACUACUAUAUUGCUCAUUAUGAUUUA